AUGGGAUGUUGUAAAGCCCUUGGGGAAGAAUGUGGCAUACGAAAGCUUGGAUUACGAUACAAUGACUCCAGAGCUUUCACUGAUGCUCCGGUAAGUUAGUUUUCUUAGUUAUAAGCUCAUUUUCAAAGGCUUUCAGAAAUUAGUGAAGUGGGGCAAAGUUAAGCGCACUCAACGAAAUGUUAAAAUGAGCGGAAGUCAUGAACUGAUGUGCGAUUUGAAAACAAAACUUUUACUUCUUUUCGCCGCAACGUGCCAGAAUUCUUACGACAUUCAUCAAGAUGAAUCUGGGCUCUCCGUUUAAGAGAAUUUCAGUGUUUGUGUUUUAGAUAUACUGACUUACAAUGAUGGCUAAACUUCGCUUUAGUAAUCUCAAUUUUCGCACCACAAGGACAAAAUAGCCGCAGGUGCUAUGAUCUCGAAAGUCAAAUAAUAGAAAAUUGAACUAAAAAAUAAGUUGAACAAAUAGGUUUUCAUACUCCAUGUUAGGUGGCUUACAAAGUUGUGUUGCCUCGACCUUUUCGAGAACUAUUCUGAGGAUUUGCAUACAUAAUAAUAAUAAUAAUAAUUAAUUAGAUUUGUUUGUGGCGUCGAAAACGCGGAAAUUUUCAUCGGAACAGGUCAAAAUGCGAUCGAUCCGUAGGGAUAAAGCUUUUAUCUCGACGAAUAUACUUUUUGCGGACAAAUGGGAAAGAAUUCCGUGACCGAACGUUAAUCAGUUUUCUCCAGGAAAACGCGGUAAUUUUAUUCAGUUGCAUCAUGAUUUUAUGGUUGGCUUGCCUUGAAUAAUAGGUCCCUCAUGCUUCAAUUCUCUUCAUUAGUAAAAGAAUUUAAAAUGUUUUUCUUACCCACUGCGCUUAAAACCGUUGGAUGCGUUCUGUCUUGUUAUGUCGCUUCACGAAGCUUCUUAAAAGCUAACCUUUAAAAGUCUCCUCAAACGUUUCAACUGUUGACUCAGUAAACAUGGAGUAGUGAGUGAAUAUUCGAUUUAACUGGUUUGAAGAACAAAAUGCCCUCACGCAAUUAAAAUGUUUUCCUUCCUUUCGGCACUUCACUUAGGCAGAGUUUCUAAAAAUAAAAAUAGCUGCCCUUUAAGUUUGUUGUUCUCUUCGAUUUCAAAAUUUCGUGUUAUGAAACAGUUCAGAUCAACUUUAAAAAAAUUGCGCGCUGCCUUAAGGGUGCAUGGAAGUCUAGCUGGGCUUGAGUCCGAAUGCGUCAAAACAAUGCAUGCACCUUUGUCCAAAGUCCUUAGAAUAGUUCUAAUGUUAGUAACACGCGCUUGCCAUCGAUUUCCUGCCGUGGUAAUCAAAACGCAAUGUUUGAAUAACAUAUGCAGAGAAACGUUUGAAAAUUACGAGCCGAAAACGACAAAAGCAAAAGCUUUUCCAGAUAAUGUUCUGUGAGGUUUUUUGAGAUUUCUUUGGGUUUACUUCUACUGAACGGCAAACAAUGGACCAUUUAAUGCGUAAAAUGAGUUCUUUUAAAAAUUUCCAUAAGCUUGUCGCUAUCAAGAGCAACAGAAGAGCGAUUGAAUUUUUUAGCGAGAACCUCUGUCAUCUCUUUACAAAACUUUUUGUUUAUUUGUUUUUCAUUCUUAAAAGCGUCAAGAGCAAUAAUUUGGUUGGGAAGAAAAUGCAUAUGAAACGAUAUAGGAAAUCAGUUUAGACGCGAGAUUCGACGGGGAUUUAUUGUUCUCUUGAUAUAAGACAUUUUCGGCGACUUAUUUUACGAAGUAACCUGUUCUAUAUUGCUGAAAGGCCUCAGCACAAAUGUUCAAUUCGGGUACCUAUUGUCCUUAUUGACUUAAAGGGAGGGCCAAACGGGAAAAAACAUUUGGUCCGAAAUCUUGACUGAGAACCAAAUAUGUUCCCUCCGGCCCGACCACACAAUCAAAAAGUACUUCAUUAUAAUUGUGACCACCAAACCUUUAAAAUUGUGAAACUAUGUAACGGAAGACUGCGCGCUGUACUAUAGCAGAAAAGAUUCUUCAAACUUUUCAUUUACUUUUCGCCGUGACAGAACAAGAAUCUCACAAUUCAUCGAACAUAACAGAAGUGAACAUUUUUUCCCGAUAACAUUUAUUCGAAACAGAACCUCGUUAGCGUGGCGUAGGAUAGAUUUUUGAGGAUCGGUUUACGUCAAACCAUCAGCUUCCAUUUUGGUUUUUUCUAAAGAAGUGCGUGAGCGGGGUGAUAUUGGUCUUGUGAUAAAAAGAAAAGUUUCUUUCACUAUCAACACCUCUUGAACGCUUUUAUACCAGUUUGGUUCAUAUUUUGUUUUUUUAUGAUAUUUGUGCAAGAACAUACACAGAACCACAAACGCAAUAUUCUGAAAUUAUUCUUAUAACUUUGAAGAAAGAGAUUUGAAUUUGAUAAAUGACAUUCAUCAUAGUAUCCUUUGCUUAAUUUUCUGAUCAAAAAUCUAUUUCAGCAGUUUUCCAUGAUUCCAUAGUCAACAUUCAUAUUCCACGAGUUUCCGGACCUAGACAGUAAUGAAAACGAGAUCCAGAACUGUCUUUUUACGUUUUUGUUUUUUUUCUUACACACAGGGCCUACCAAGACCACUGUUCGCCUUCCUCCGCUUAAUCUACGCUGCUCUGGCGGUAGCCGACCUGGUCUGGAUCGGCCUGGAUGAUCCGAGCGGAACCUGGGUCAUUCAUUUGCAGAAUUGGAGUCGAGUGGUGACCGCAUUAUAUUUCCUGACUGGUUCACUAACCGCAUUCCAUCGUUCGGCAUGCGGAUCCAAAGAGAACGAUAGCUACGACAUAAUCCAUUCGGAUUUUCCAGAUCACACUGGCGAUUCGAAUUCUUGCGCUUUAAAACCGGGCGAAAAAGACGAAAGCAUUGAAGUGGAUCCAUAUGAAAACCAUCUCUCAUGGCAUCACGAGGUGCUCUGGGUCCUACACACCCUCGCUUCCAACAGCACUUUUGUCUGCACGGUUGCGUACUUCGCCUUUUUCUUUGACGAGCGUUCCUCCUAUGUUUGGAUCUUCUACAUACCCAGGCACUCUCUCUACGUGUUCCUGAUGAUUGUCGACACACUGGCCAGUUACAUUCCCGUGAGGUUGUUGCACGUUGUGUAUGCCUACAUAUUCGGUGCCGCAUACGUUAUGUUCACUCUUGUGUUCAUCUUAACGGAAGUGAAGGUCGAUCUGCGUCUGAAUCCCAGCAUGUAUCCUUCGCUGGAGUCUGGUGAUGAGCCACUGAUCUACACAGCAUACCUAUCAAUAUUCUUAAUUGCUGGCUUUCCUGUGGCUCAAAUAAUCUACUUUCUCAUUCAUAAAUUCCGCACUUGGUAUAUUUCAAGAUGA